AGUCAUUAGGUUAAAAAGCAGUCCAAAAUCCAAAUCGGGAGUGAUCAAAGCAAAGAUGGCUCUGAAUCUCAGUACCAUUUCCUCGAUAUCUCAGAAACUACCUUGCCAUGCUCUUACACCUAAAUCCGCCCUCAGAUCUCCCAAGUUUUGUAUGGUCUCUACCAUUCCUUCUGGCUCCAAAGAUGUUGGGAAUCUGAAAAAGCCUUUUGCGCCUCCAAGGGAGGUGCCUGCUCAGAUCACCCACUCCAUGCCGCCUCAUAAGGUUGAGAUAUUCAAAUCUCUGGAGGGGUGGGCUGAGAACAACAUAUUGUCUCACUUGAAACCAGUAGAGAAAUGUUGGCAGCCCGCCGACUUUCUCCCGGAUCCUAAUUCCGAUGGUUUUUAUGAACAAGUCAACGAGCUCAGGGAAAGGGCAAAGGAGAUUCCAGACGAUUACUUUGUCGUUCUGGUCGGUGAUAUGAUCACGGAGGAAGCCCUUUCUACGUAUCAGACAAUGCUUAAUACCUUGGAUGGAACUCGCGAUGAAACCGGUGCUAGCCUUAGCCCUUGGGCCAUUUGGACCAGGGCAUGGACUGCCGAAGAAAAUCGGCACGGUGAUCUGCUUAAUAAGUAUCUCUAUCUGUCUGGAAGAGUGGACAUGAGGCAAAUUGAGAAGACAAUCCAGUAUUUGAUCGGAUCAGGAAUGGACCCACAUACGGAGAAUAGUCCUUAUCGAGGAUUCAUAUACACUUCAUUCCAAGAGAGGGCGACUUUUAUCUCCCACGGUAAUACCGGCAGGCUUGCCAAGGACUAUGGGGAUAUUAACUUGGCUCAUAUUUGCGGUAGCAUUGCCUCGGAUGAGAAACGCCAUGAGACAGCCUAUACCAAAAUCGUCGAAAAGCUCUUUGAGAUCGAUCCUGAUGAAACAGUCCGGGCAUUGGCUGACAUGAUGAAGAAGAAAAUCACCAUGCCUGCCGAAUUCAUCUACGAUGGCCGAGAUUACAACCUAUUCGACCACUACUCGGCCGUCGCCCAAAGGAUCGGGGUUUACACCGCCAAGGACUACGUUGAUAUAGUGGAGUUCUUUGUGAACCGAUGGAAGGUGGAGGAGCUAACUGGGCUUUCACCAGAGGGACGUAAAGCACAGGACUACGUGUGCGCUCUUCCGUCAAGAAUUAGAAAGCUGGAGGAGAGAGCACAAGAAAGGGCAAAGGAAGGGCCCAGCAUGGCAUUCAGUUGGAUCUUUGACAGAGAAGUGAAGCUCUAAGGUCUCGAAAAAGGGAGAGUGUCCCUUGGGUGCAUUCGGGGCAACAAACAUAAAGAAGCCGUAUGCAACUUCUCUUUAUGUUUAUGCUGUAAUGGUCCCGGAAUGUGUAACAGGAGGAAUUGGGGUAGCGGGUGUUUUUCUGGAUGUGUUGUGUUCUUAGGUAAUAAUAAUGUCCCCAUAGUAGGGCAGCUGUAAUAGUUUUUAGAUGAUGUUUUUAAUAGUCUGUUAUAGCGAGUAGGGUGUGUUGUGUUUUGUUGAAACGAGCCAACUUCAUAUGCCUGUUGUGGUGUAGUUGUAAUCUUAGUUUGUAAUAAGAAAAUUCCUUCUCUA